CGUAGAAGGCCUAUGGAUUAGAUGGAAAGGAAAAAGAAAAAAAUAAUUAAGUGUUGUAGUUGCACAUGUGACCAUCCUCUCAUGAACAGUUAACUUCACAGCUGGUCCAUAGUAUAUCAUCACUAUCACUCUGCACCAAAGCCUCCCCAUUCUCUCUUUCUUUUUCUGUCUGUACCUACAUUUAUGCAUACACGAGCACAUAGUCUUUCCUCUUAACUUCAAGAAUCAAAUCUCACAAUUCACAUAUUGAUAAAGUUCAAUGGGAGGGGUGACGUCGUCAAUGGCUGCGAAGCUAGCAUUUUUCCCUCCGAGCCCACCAAGUUACAAGGUAAUUAGGGAUGAUGUCACUGGGUUGUUGCUGUUGGACCCAUUUCCGCACCGUGAAAACGUCGACGUUUUGAAGCUGCCGACACGGCGGGGGAAUGAGAUUGUGGCUAUAUAUAUACGGUACCCUAUGGCGACCUCGACCUUGCUUUAUUCCCAUGGAAACGCCGCGGAUAUUGGGCAGAUGUAUGAGCUUUUCAUUGAGCUCAGUAUUCACCUCAGAGUCAAUCUCAUGGGGUAUGACUACUCAGGCUAUGGACAGUCAUCUGGAAAGCCGAGUGAGCACAAUACUUAUGCAGAUAUUGAAGCUGCAUACAAGUGUCUCGAAGAGAGCUAUGGGGCUAAGCAAGAAGACAUCAUCCUAUAUGGGCAAUCUGUUGGGAGUGGUCCGACCUUAGAUCUUGCCACCCGUUUGCCUCGACUAAGGGCUGUUGUUUUACAUAGUGCUAUCCUGUCAGGCUUAAGAGUCAUGUAUCCUGUGAGGCAUACAUACUGGUUUGACAUUUAUAAGAACAUUGACAAGAUCCCAUUGGUGAAGUGUCCUAUUCUGGUUAUUCAUGGCACUGCUGAUGAUGUUGUUGACUGCUAUCAUGGGAAACAACUUUACGAACUAUCUCAAGAGAAAUUCGAACCAUUAUGGCUCAAGGGUGGAAACCACUGUGAUUUGGAACUAUAUCCUGAAUAUAUUAGGCACCUAAAGAAGUUUGUUUCUACAGUUGAAAAACCACCCUCCCAGAGGAACACUGCCCGAAGAAGUAUAGACCGGCCCGAACAUUCCAGGAGGAGUACUGACUGUUUUGAGGCUCCAAGAAAGAGCACUGACAGGAGGGAGAAACCUAGAAAAAGCACUGAUAGGCCAGAAAAAAUGAAAAAUUAUGAGUAUAAAAUGCAUUCUGAUGACAAACUUUCUAAGUUGAGAGUAUCAUUUGACCAGACAGAAAGAUCUCGGAGGAGUGUGGAAUAUCAUGAGAAGUCCCGGAGGAGUAUUGAUCAUCAACUGGAGAAGGCACGAAAGAGCGUGGAUUGGCUGGACAGAAUACGAGCUGUGUGAAUUUGUCAAUAGUGGUGUAGAUCUUUGUGUUUUGUUUUGAUUGGUGUGAAGAGAAGAAAUGGGGAAAAAAGACGAUUUACGAUUUAAUUUAUGGUUGUGGGUCAUGUAUCUUGUUCUCGUAAUUUCCACGAUGACCCCAUCGAAUAACUUUUCCAUUUUACUUUUCUGUUGUGAGGAAAAAGCUGGGGGUAUAUCAUGGUAUAAUUCAUCACUCUGAGACAAAUUUUACUUGUCCUUUAGGCAGACCUGUAUAAAGAAUGUUUAACAUCCGAUAGUAUUGUAUCUCAUCAAUUUGUGCUUCUCA